GCGACCGUUCACCACGGAACGCGACUUGCCGCCCUCUUGGCCGACGUGCAUUACCGCGGAUUAAAUAAUAAUAAUAAUAAUAAUAAAAAAAAAUUCACCGGACGACGACCCCGUGUGCUGCCACCACUCGAUGACAGAGUAUAGUUUAUAAAUACAACCAAACUGCGAGCCGUUAAAUGUAAAAAAAAAAAAAAAACAUGAAGAUUUGACCUGACCGAAUCGCGUUUAGAGUGUUUUGUUUACAUCAAUCCGCGUCAACCGAAACACACGAGUCUAAGAAAGUGUCCAUCGCCUCAGGUAUGCAAUACCAAGAAUUUGAAUACUAACAAGAAUCUGAGCACAAACAAACUACAAAACAACUACAAAGGUUACAUUUAAUGAACACCGCUAUGCUUUGCCAGCAAGGUCCCGACACGACGGUUACCAUGGUGUCUGAAGAAGACCAAGAGCCAUCGAGUUCGAGAGACUUGUCUUGUAUUCAAGAUUCUAUGCCUGGAAUUGCUCACAGAGUUUUUCGGAAAACCGCACAAAACAACAAACUGUGUUUGUAUUUGGGCAACAGAGACGUUGUGGUAUCAAACAAUUCCGCCACUAAAAUCCACGGUAUCGUUUUGGUUGAUCCAGAACUACUGAAAGACCCAAAGAAAAAAGUCUAUGGACAAAUCACGCUGACGUUCCGGUACGGCCGAGAAGACGAAGAAGUCAUGGGACUUAAGUUUUGCAACGAAGCAAUCAUGUGCUUAGCACAAAUUUACCCACCUCACGAAAACGCGCAGCGAGAUCAAAACACACCUUUGCAGGAAAUGUUGAUACAGAGGUUAGGAAAUAAUGCACAUCCGUUUUCAAUGGAAGUAACACAUUUAGCUCCGCCCAGUGUACAAUUAGUUCCAGCCAAAGAAUACAACGGAGCGCCAAUAGGAACCAGCUAUGAUAUACGCAUAUAUAUUGCCGAGAGAGCAGACGAAAAGCUACAGAGGAAGAACAUUGUAAAAAUGGGUAUCAAAGUAGUUCAGAUGGCUUCAGCACCACCACCGCCUACGCCCACCCCUAGAUCAGAACAGCCUAAAGGUUGGCGGCAAAGGGGACCACAAGCCACGUCAGAAAAACCGUUUUUGCUCAGUGACGGAAAAGUUACACUGGAGGCGAAUCUAGACAAAGCUAUUUACACACACGGUGAUCCUGUACAUAUAAGUAUCAACGUAAAAAACACCACUAAAAAAGCCGUUAAGCGCAUAAAGGUGUUCAUCGUGCAACACGUGGACGUGUGCAUGUUCAGCAACGGUAAAUUCAAAAACACAGUGGCCGCCGAGGAGUGCACCGACGUGCCAAUACCCGGCAACGGCGGUUCGUUGGAGAAGGAGUACAAGUUGUAUCCGAUCAAGGCGAGGACAAAGAACUGGAUCGCUCUGGAAGACUCUCUGGGCACAGCCGUCAACAAGGCAGAAGGAUCUCUGUCCAGCACGGUGGUGUGUGUGUCGCCCGAAGACCGAAACGUGUUCGCCAUAUACGUCACGUACUAUGUCAAAGUGAAACUCCUAAUAGGCGCGAUGGGCGGACAAAUGUCUCUGAAAUUGCCCUUUACGUUGAUGCACACGCCGUCCAACGCGUUCCUCUCAGAAUGCAAGAACACGUCGUGCGCAUCGUUGGGGCCGUGUCCGCUUGUUCCGCCCGUCGGCAAAGAAGCCGUCAUAGCCGUCGACGAAAGGUGCACCAACAACAGCGGUCUGGAGCUCUGAGGAUUAAUCGAAUCGGCCGACAAUCGAGAAGUUCCUCCUUCGACAACAACAACAGCUACGGCCGAUCCAGAAGCCGACAACGACGAGGCGAACCGUUUUAAGUUCAAAAGAAUUUUGUGCUGUUUCAGCAACUACAGAUGGUGAACGUGGGUCCAAAACCAAAAAACGGAAAGAAAAUAAAUAUAUCAAUUAAAAAAAAAAAAAAAAUGUAAAAUAAUUUGUAAGCGCGUUAUGAACUCAUAUACAUAUUCAACGUUUUUUUUUUUAUGUACGCCAAUUAUUUAAGGGUAAAAAAACGACCAACGAGAAAACACAUAUCGUGUUCGGCCAUUUUCCCGUCUGUCGUUUAACCAGAUUUCUAUUAUUAUAUUCUCAAGUCGUACCUGUACCAUGUGUUUCUAUUAGUCAACAGCUCUCGUUGUGUUUAAUAUUAUUACUUCCGACCGGAACUAUAUUUAGAGGAAGACGAGUCGUGUGUGUGUGUGUGUGUGUGUGUGUGUGUGUGGUAAUGGACAUAUUAUGUGCUCGCGUUGCAAUUAAUAUUGCCUAAAAAGAAAUUGUCGUUUUACAUGUUUUAUAAUAAAAUAAAAAUAUAUUGAAAUUUUCAUCGGCAAAACGGAACACGGUAAAUAUUGAAAUAAUAAUAUAUUAGGCUGAUUUGUUGCAGGGUAGAAUAUUUUAAAAUCUAUGUACUAAAAAACCGCCCCACGUUUGAGAUGGAUGGUACACAACGUGUGUGUAUGUUAACUGUUAUUGUAUACAUAUGUAGUUUGGCAGUGUACACAAGAGCUGUAAAUAAUUGUUCCAAAUACAAAGUCUAUCGUCUGAGCUCAAAAAAUAACCAAUAAAUAUUCCAUUGUCCGACCAAUGAAUGGAAUCAUCCUCAACGCUUGUUGUUUAAAUGUCACCCCAAAAAAUGAUAAAAAUAGUGAUCUCCGAAUUCCGUUAGAUAGCUGUUGUUGAAAACCUGAGCACUCAUCUAAGAUAAUCUUAACCAUUUCCGGUCCCCUUUCGUGUGUAUGUGUGGGGGGGGAGGGGGGAUUUUACUUAUUAUAAUUAUUUAUAACACCAGUGUUUUUACAUGUUGUAUUUUAAACGAUAGUCGUACUGUAUGUUUAUGCGAUUCGACUAUAAAUGGAAAACUAUGUUAUCUUAAUAGUUAACUUCAGAACUGAACAUAUUACAACUAGUCAUUUUGAAUAUAAUAAAUCCAAAAAAUGGGAAACAUUUCACAUGGUGCUUUUGAUUUGAGCCACAAAUUAUUUUUAAUUAAUUUCAAUCGUUAUAAAUGUAAUAAGACAUACUAUAAGAAACAAUGUACGAUACAAUUAUUGUUUUUCCUUGUGGGCUAUACUUUUAAAUAAACAUACAGCGACGCAGUAUAAAAAUAAUAUUUUAAAUAACAGUAGCUCAAGUUACCCAUUUUUAUUAGGUAGGUAAGUAUAUAUUAAAAAAAAUUAAAAAACCUUUUUUUUUUAAUCUCCAAUGUUAUGUACAUUUUUUUUCUUAUCAAUCACUAAUAAUUUUGUUUUCUUAAGAAACACGAUAAAACAUUGUUUAUCCUAUACACUUGAUGAAAUAAACGGGAAAUAUACUUUGUUAAUCUAUAAGACGUAUGCCUUAUAGUUAUGU